CCUGCCGUUACAUAGAUCGAUCACAGUAUUGAUAACACCUUGAUAAGUAUUGACCGCCCACUAUUCUGCCGGGCACGUAUUAAAGAUACGGGGUAAAUUUAAGCAAGAUCAACCUUCAACUUUUUGAUACCCCACACAAUCAUGCAAGCCGGCAACGAUACUAAAGUGGUACCCGAAGCACUGAUCUCGAAGUUUGAGAUCAGCAGGUUGCUCAGGCAAGAUCAAAGUGGCCGCCGCAUCGCUCUCCUCGGAACAAUCGAAGGAAAACAAGGCAUUCUCAUAGCCGAACGAGCCGCCUUCGCUACCGAAUCCCUCGAGGUAUUGAAGGCGUUCCACUCUGCAAUUACCCGUGUAAACAACCUGGGUGAUAAUGACAUCUACCGCUGGUACCUAGCAUCGUCAGGUGUGGACAGUGAGGGCCACCAAUCUGCCGACCUCAAACUGAACCUCAUCUGGCCGUGCACCGAGCAGCAUAUCAAGAAGUACUCCGAUCAGGUUCUGCGCAUGGUGACCGAAACACCUGAGAUUUACCGGUACUAUAUCCGGCCGUAUAUGAGUGCCAAGCGGGAGGAGGGCCGGUUGAAUUGGGUAUUUAACAUCCUUGAGGGCCGAACGGAACAGGAAGAUGUUAUUCUUCGGGACCAGGGUCACGGUCCCGAGGAUGGGUUCCUGAUGCUUCCUGAUCUUAACUGGGAUCGGAAAACGAUGGGCUCGUUGCAUCUGCUGGCUCUUGUGCAGCGGAGGGAUAUCUGGAGCUUACGAGAUUUGAAGAAGAAACAUAUCCCUUGGUUAAAGUAUUUGCGUCAACGGUUGCUAGAGGGUACAGCGAAUAUGUAUCCGGAUUUGGAUCUGGAUCAGCUCAAGCUUUAUGUGCACUACCAACCGACAUAUUAUCACUUCCACGUUCACAUUGUUAAUGUCAUGCUGGAAGCUGGCACUACGCAGGCUACGGGCAAAGCGUUUGGGUUGGAGAACCUUAUUUCUCAGUUGGAGACCAUCUCUGGCGACGAGGAAGCGAGUAUGGCCGAUGUCAGCCUGUCUUAUUUCCUUGGGGAAGCCAGUGAGCUGUGGACCGAUAUCUAUGAACCGUUGAAACGGGGAGUGAAGCCAUUGCAGAACUAGAACUGUGCUUAGCUAUAGACAGGAAGACCAUAGACAUGGUUAUGACUGAUAUGAACUUAUGACAGAGACAUAUUCCCAUGAAAUUAUCUGCAUGAAUUCUCUGCGAAAUAAAUCAUAUUUACAUAAACAUAACUGACAGGCCCAUGUGAUCAAUAUAUUGACUGGGCCAAAC